CAGAUAAAAUCUAGCAAAUAUGGUCCUCAUUUUCCUUUGUUUUUGGUCCCUUUUCUUUUACCCCUUCCAAAUAAAUCCCACCCAUCCCUUUCCUUCUCGCCUCGCCAGCAGAUUGCAGUCUCUUCUCCUUCCUCGAACACCCUUCAAACGCAUCGGCGGCGGCAUUAGACCCAAAUCUUCACGCAUCGGCCGAAUAAUCACCAGCUACAUUCUCACACAAUCUUCUCGCCCGUCCCAAAUCCCCAUUUCAGCUCAACCUCCCAGUUUCGGCAUACGAACCGCCGGCUCCACGCUUCUAUCCCCCUCCGCCGAUUGGCAAUCACUGAAGAAUGAAUAAGGGAGGAGCAGGCGGCGCCGGAGGGGCGGGAAGCGGCCCGACGGCUGCGGCCGCGGCAGCUGCGGCACAGAAGCAGAAAGCGUUGAUGCAGAGGUUGGAAACCGAUAUUGCCAACAUCGUCGACAAUUUCACCCACCUCGUCAACGUUGCCAGGGUCAAUGAACCGCCGGUGAGGAACACGCAGGAAGCGUUCAUGAUGGAAAUGCGUGCCUCCAGAAUGGUUCAGGCUGCCGAUUCGCUACUUAAGUUAGUAUCCGAGUUAAAACAGUCUGCCAUUUUCUCUGGGUUUGCAUCUCUCAAUGAUCACGUCGACCAACGAAUUGCUGAAUUCAACCAACAGGCAGAGAAAACUGAUGACAUGUUAGCCAGAAUUGCAGAGGAGGCUGCUGCUAGUCUCAAGGAGCUCGAAUCUCAUUACUACUCUUCCUCACAGAGAACAAAUCAAAACUUGGAGCCUUGAAACUAAGGGUAGCUAGCUCUUCAAACUACUGUAACCAUGCUGAAACUAUUAUAUGCUAGGAUCUCUAGAUUUUGCUGUUUAGAUUCUGUAUAUGUGUAAUCACCAUUUGGCAAUGCACAAUGAAAAAUUCUCACUCUUUCCACCAUCUAAAUGCUUCUUGCCAAAGCUUACGGC